AUGCCUGGCUUAAUACGGCGACUUAUAACUCCUCAACGGUCACUACCAAAGACUCGACAACAGAAGAACCAAAAUCGAAAUGGCGACGAUCUUAGCGAUUCGUGUGAGGACUUGAGUUCUUGCUGCGCUAAGAAGUCUACACAAAGAAGGACCAACACCACAAAGUCACGUCUUCCUGUGCCAAAGAAAAGCUCAGUCAUAGCAACGCCAGUUACUAUUCAAAGAGUGCCAGAGAUUCAUCGUGUUCCAAACCCAGUUCCUUCUUUGCCAACUCCUCACCUAAGAGCUCCGUCCAUAAGCUCCUCAUGCUUUGAAGGACGAAAUGCAGCCCUUGAGGCUCUCACUGGCAGUAAUGCCAUCAACAGCAGACCACCACAUGUUCUUUGUCCUGUUGAACACGGGCAAUCCCACCCACAUUCCUACCACCAGUCCCAUUCCUCCCAAUCCUCACGGUACCUGCGCCCCCCUCGUUCUAGGAAUGGCAACUAUACUUCUGUUAAUUACAGUAUCUCACACCAUGAGAGGGUCUCGCCCGAGGCUUCGAUUAUUUCUUUGUCGGACCAUGGCGCUGACGUUUACGAGGUCGAGCCAACCAGCUGGCAGCCCGACCAGCCUGUGUACGACGGUCAAAGCCUUGGCUCGUCAUCAGACAGCGUUGACCGUCUAUUUCGUGAGACCGAUGAGGCAUUCAAAGCCUUAGGCUCUGCACUUAGAGAGACUCAACGUGCAUCGCAGUUGUCUAAUUUACCUCCACCACCAUCACCACCUGGAAUACCUACAAACCAUAAACAUUCCAAAUCCAUGCCUCUGCCAGCAGGCUUCCAAAAACAUUCGAGGUGGAGAGGCGAGGAAUCAUCCUCCAUUUCCUCCCACCGGUCAUCUCCAGACAGACGGGCAUCGGUGGUUAAGAAGCCUCAAAGAAAGAAGCAGAGUUUUGUUGGACAAUCUUUUUCCAAGGCAGCAACUCUCACUCCACGAUGGACCUUGUCAGAGAAUAUGACGGGUAUCCUAACGGGCCAGCGUUUCAGGCGCAUUGAAGCUGAUGAGAUGUUGACACCCGAUCGUAUCGAAGCGCUGCGAAGGAAACGAGAAGCGGCGCAACAACAACUAGACGACGAACGGGCAGAGGAGCGUGCCAGAGAGCGUAACUCAAUCGAUUCGGUCCGGAGUGCGGCUUCAGACAAUUCCGAGACAGAUAUCGAGCCAUUUUAUCUCGACGAAUUGGCAUCCCGAAUAAGAGCGAGACAGGCUGCAGAGAAUACGGUUGUUCCAGCCGAAACAACACUCCAGACACCAGAGUUGACUCCUGAUCUGGAUUCCUUUCCUCUGGAUAUUCCGAAAGGAACGCCUUUGGUCGAAGACAACAAAUCUAUUUGGAGUAUCCAGGAUAAGAGCGACACUUCGCCAAAUACUUUGCCUCAACUUCCAGCUAGAAGCCCUGCGCGCCUCGGUACAGAAACAGUUGAAGUAUUGCCAUCAAUACCAGAGGUUUUGGGAAAUGUGGCUGCCAAGUCACAACCAAAGUCGCCGAGUGAUGAGCCAGCCACCGAGCCCCCUAAACCGAGCAUUGAAGAGACAGACGAAUACUAUUACUUGAAGAGUACACCUUAUACACUCACAAAACCCUCUUUCCGUCAUGGGCCGAUCACCCUAGCCAAGGCUGAAGUUGAAAAAGGUAUAAAAAAGAUGGACGAUACAUUGGACUGGACAGCAUUCCAGAUGGCGAUUUUAGGAGGAGCCGGAGAUUUAUUCCCAGACAUGUCCAUUGACGAGGACACAAAGCAGGUGGAAGAAAUCACGUCAUGGUUCGAUACCUUUGGUUUUGAGACAUAUGGGGCGUUGAUUGGAGAUGUACCUGAGCCAGAGCCAGAAGCCGAGCCUAUUCAAGCGCAAGCAACACCAUCGCUACGGUCAUCAUCCCAUAGCACAUUCUCGUCAACGCCUUCGACUAUCGAUACAGACGUUGACCUUCCGAUCCCGGUGGGUGCUGAGUUUCCCUCCGGGUUCUGGAACGCCCCGGCGCCCGGUCAAGCUCUGGACAAAGCUAAGUUUUUCAACAGCACAGGGCUAAAACGAUGGGUUGGCGAGGGACGACCCAAAUGCCCGACUUUACGCAGCGAGGACGAGGACGAGGGAAGUCUACCGCCGAGUCCUAUGAUGCCUCUCGUGGUUGGCCAAGCCCAUAUUCCGGACACGGUACCGAUGGGUUAUAACCUACAUCAUGAUUUAGGUGACUUUUUGAAAUGGGAGGCGGAGAAUGUUUAUGCUUCUGGGUUUAGCAAGUCGCCUUGA